UAGGAUUGUGGGUAAAAACGACGAAAACGAGCUGAUGAUCAUGGACUAACGUAAACACCUGUGGGUUGUAAACAGGACAAGAUCGGCUAAACGUAAGAAGAUGGAGGCCGCUAAUUCCCAGUCAGACACCCGGAAUGGGGGAGGAACAGUUACCCACGAGCUGGUUAACGUAAACAUGGAGGGACGUGACAAAGUCGGAAUGAAAGAUUUUGACCUUUUGAAAGUUUUAGGAACAGGUGCAUAUGGCAAAGUUUUCCUAGUCAGAAAAACAACAGGAAAGGACCAGGGAAAACUGUAUGCCAUGAAAGUCUUGAAGAAGGCCUCCAUCGUUCAGAAAACCAAGACGACAGAACACACCAAGACAGAGAGGCAGGUCCUCGAGGCCAUAAGGCAGGCCCCAUUCCUAGUCCGCCUCCACUAUGCCUUCCAGACAGAGGCCAAAUUGCACCUCAUCCUAGACUAUGUAAAUGGAGGAGAGUUGUUUACACAUCUGAAUCAACACGAGCAGUUUACUGAAGACCAGGUCCGUGUGUACAUUGGAGAAAUUGUACUAGCACUGGAAAAUCUUCACAAAUUGGGCAUUAUCUAUAGAGAUAUCAAACUAGAGAAUAUUUUGUUGGACUCGGAGGGUCACAUUGUACUGACAGACUUUGGCCUGAGUAAAGAGUUUUUACCCUCGGACAAAAACUAUAGGGCUUACUCUUUCUGUGGCACCAUCGAAUACAUGGCCCCUGAAGUAGUAGAAGGGGGCAGCUCUGGCCAUGACUUUGCAGUUGACUGGUGGUCUCUCGGUGUUCUGACCUAUGAGUUGUUAACUGGUGCUUCACCGUUCACAGUGGAUGGCGAAAGAAAUACACAAUCGGAAAUAUCAAAACGAAUCUUGAAAGCAGAGCCCCCUAUGCCACGGGAGUUUUCUGCAGAAGUGAAAGAUUUCAUCAGACGGUUACUUACUAAAAACCCAGAAAAUCGGCUUGGUGCAAAAAGUGCUGAGGAAGUCAAAAAACACAAAUUCUUCAAGGGUCUCAACUGGAAGCAUCUUGCAGAGAGGAAAGUGCCUCCCCCAUUUGUGCCAAAAAUUUCCCACGAGCUUGAUGUUGGUAACUUUGCCACUGAAUUCACAAAUAUGGCUCCCCAAGACUCCCCUGCAGCUGUUCCAAUGAAUGUGGAGAAAAUGUUUAAGGGUUAUUCUUAUGUGGCUCCUUCAGUCAUAUUUAGUGAGAAUACCAUCAGUAAUAAUUUACUGUGUCAUGACAAUUCAAACCAACCAAGAGAUAUUCAAAUCAGAUAUGCUAGUCAUUUUAAGAACUCCGCAUUUUUUCAAAAUUAUGAAAUUGAUUUGUCUGAGAAGCCAAUAGGAGAUGGAAGCUUCUCUAUAUGUCGUAAAUGUCUCCACAAGGCUACUCAGAAACAAUAUGCAGUGAAAAUAGUCUCUCGUCGGUUGGAUUGCACUCGGGAAGUCAACCUCUUAAGAAAGUGCCAGGGUCAUCCAAACAUAGUCACUCUUCAGGAAAGCAUGGUUGAUGAGUUCCAUACUUAUAUUGUCCUGGAACUACUAAAGGGAGGAGAAUUGUUAGACAGAAUCAGGAAAAAGAAAAGUUUCACUGAACCAGAGGCUAGUAAUAUCAUGCUCAAAUUAGUCAAUGCUGUAGACUUCAUGCACUCUAAAGGGAUUGUUCACAGGGAUUUAAAACCAGAGAACCUGCUCUUUGUUGAUGAAUCUGAGGAUGCAGAGAUCAAGAUUGUCGAUUUUGGAUUUGCUCGCCUGAAACCAGAGAUGAAGAAGUUGGAGACACCAUGUUUUACCUUGCCAUAUGGAGCUCCGGAGGUCAUGAAACAGAUGUCAGGAACCAAGGAUGGCUAUGAUGAGGCCUGUGAUCUAUGGAGUCUUGGUGUUAUUCUAUACACAAUGUUAUCUGGAAAAGUUCCAUUUCAAACCAAGAGCAAAAAUGACAGUGCCUCUACCAUCAUGAGGAGAAUAAAAGAUGGGCAGUUUGAUUUCUCAAGCUCAGAGUGGAAGGAUGUGUCCCAGAAAGCAAAGGACCUGAUUCAAGGUUUGCUAACUGUUGAAGCCAGUGAAAGAAUGACAAUGCAAGCUGUGAAGAAUAGUGAGUGGUUGAUGGGAAGUGACAGUCAAGUGUACUCAGUGACCCCUCUCAGGACCCCAGGGGUGUUGUGUCACAGUAACACAGUGGUUCAUUCUCAACUCUCCGCCACAAUGGAUGCCUUCAAAAAGGCAACCAUGGAGGGUUUCAGACUGCAGAAUGUGGAAGGGGCUCCUCUGUAUAAAAGGCGAAAGGAGAAACGCAACUCAGGGGAGGGAAGAAAUAACUCGACUGAUUCCUCCAAUUCCAAUUCCAGCACAGGAGGGGGAACCCAGAACAGUGCGUCCUCACCAAUCUCUGUGCGACACCUGUCCAGUACCUCUAGCACUUCUCACAGUUCUACCUGUAGCAUGGGCUUUGUUCCCAAAAUACCUCAGGACGUUAAUUUAGACGACUCUGGCCAGUUUGACAUAUUUGAGAAUAGUCAGAGCAUCAGUACUCCAAAGUUCUCUCUGGGAGACUCCGAUCCGGGAGAGAAAACUCUCACCCCUCUCCCCCGGGGCACAAAAAGAGUCCACAGCGAGCUGUUAGAGAGUGUGGAGUCGGAUGAUGGAGACAAUGAUGAUGAUAUAGAUGAUGAUGAAGAUGAAGACGGAAAUGAUGAAAGUGUCAUUGUUGUGUCUGAUGAUGACUCAGAUGGAGAUGGCCCUCAUUUGAAUGUUAAAAGACCCCGAACGGACACUAUCGUUAUCCCCGAUGACUGAUCAUUUCAUUGGGUGGGUUAGAAUAGAAUUAUUCUCUUUUUCUUGCCUUGAGAUGUGAUUCUUUUACCACAUUUACAUGGAGAAUGUUUUGAACAACUUGUUAUUUUGAGAUAUAUGUUUAGAUUUUGUUGAGACUUUUAUAUUGGUUUUACUAAUAUAUAAUUGAUACAGGUUUUAAUGAUUGGAAUACAGUUUGAGUCAUCUUAGUACUUGUUUUGGUUUUAGAAAAAAAAACUGUCAGAGGCUUGAAUUGGAAAAUAACUAUGACUUUUUAUGAACUGUCAUAAUACCAAGGGUAUACAUGAAAAGUUUAUAGAAUACAAUAAUCAAUUUAGAAAUACUCUUUUUGAUUAUACAGUUGUGCAUGUAUAAUGAAAUAGAAGUCAUCAUUGGAAUGGAUUUUGAUGUGUUUGAGGUUUAUUAUAUUUACGAUAUGAUUAAACUGAUCAUUAAUGUAUGUAAUUGGAUCUCCAUUCUUCAUUACCUGACGUUUUGGAAUGUGUACCUCAUUCUUGAUUUCAAAUACAGUAAAUGAUAAUCUCGUGUUUAGAAAAAAACCCAUUUUCCAAUUUACAAAGGUACUGAUAAUCCACAUAUUGAUUCUGAUGGCUUGAGAACACACAUACCCAAAUGGUAGUGAUGGGGUAUCAAAAAAGAAGAAUUUUGACUCAUUUGUAAGAUAUUUUUUUGGAAGGUUUAAAAUUGUGGAAUUGCCAAUAUUUUUCUCAGUCUGGUACAGUAAAAAAAGUUUUUAUAUUGAUAUGAUUUUGAGCAUUAUUUUUUCCCAUGGUUAUUACAUGUAUAUAUAUUUCUUUGUACAUGUAACUUGUUUCAGUACUUAUAAAAUCCUGCAAUGAAAAAUGGCACUACCAUAGUUUUAAGAAUAUGAAUUUCUUGUACAUGAAUUUUCACUUUUAUACUGUACAAAGGAUUUACUAUACAUUUUCACUUUCAUAUUUGUGCAUACUUGAAUCAUUUUUGGAAGAAAUUUUGCUUUUACAAAGAAAAUGAGUUGAUGCAUACUUAGUUAUUUUAAACAACAAAUGAUCUUCCAAUGUACAUAUAUCAGCAUAUUUGUAUUGUCAGAUUGAAGAAAAAUACCGCUAAUGAAAGCAUUGAAGAUUUGCUUUUUAAAAAAGCAAAACAAUUACAUUUGUAUACAAGUACAUCUUUAUAAGGAGGUAUCAUGCAAGUUUUCAUAAAUUUUGUUUUAACGGAAUCAAACAUUUCUGAAUUUGAGUUGAAAUUUCAUACUCUUUUGCAUGUUAUGCUAGUAAUGCUAUGUAUUUUGACAAAAUACAUCAAAAUGAAAUGAUGCUUCUGUGUAAUUCCAAUAAAGUUGCUCAAACCAAUUUAAGACUGUUAUCCCAAAUGGCAGCUUUGCAUUAGCAUUUUCCUUCAUACCUCUUCUGUGAAUAUAUGGCUUUUUAAGGGCAGACAACUUUUCUCCUUUGUUUUAAGAAGCACAUCUAUUUUUAUGUAUGUAUAUGAUUUCUUACAAUAUUUUCUUUUUUCAGUGUUUUAUUAUUUAUCUUCAAAACUGUACUAUCUGAAAAAAUUUUGAUGGAAGAAUUGGGGAUCCAAAUUGGAAUUCUUAAUCAAAAUUUUUGAAAGCUUUUUUGAGAUUCUAAUGAGCAGAACAUUUUCUGUAUUUCAUACCUUGUGUGAAAAAAAAUUACUGUUGUUUAGUUGUUUAUUCUCCCUUAAUUGAUGUACAUAUUUACAGUAUUUAGAAUGAAUUUCAAAUCUUAAUGGAAAUUUGCACUAUUAGUUCAGUGAAUUUUGGAGGUUUACAUGUAAAAGAAAUAUAGGGUCCACACAGUAGCAGUGAUAGCAACUCAUUGUGUUUCAAUUGCCAUUUUGUGUUGUUAGGUUUUGAUUGAGAGAGAAAAUUUAAUUGUAAAAUUUGUUACUCUUUUUGAAGGAAUUUAAAGUCAUAUGUAUUGAUAUGUUUAUUGUAUAACUUGUAACCUUCUUUCAUUCUGUGCAAUACAAAUCAUUUUGUAGUUGAACAUCGUAAUGUUAGUAAAUUAGUGAGACUACAUGCAGUGCUGAGAAAGAAUUGGUGCAUUAUUAGAGUGUUGUUUUUUGGUCCAUGUACUUCUCUCCGAGGUACUGGUAUAUAUUGAUUCUAUGUACAGAAGACUUCUCUGAAAGUUGUGGUGACUGAGCUUGUAUUUGAACAGCUUUUUACCAAUAUCUUGAAUUAAACUUUUUCUCUGGAUGAAAUUGUAGCAGUCAUAUCAAUGAAAUCGCCUUCUUCCAUUGCUUGAACAAAGUUAUGUGUAGAUUGAUAAUUCCCUACAGUGUUAAUAUGAAGCAUUAAUAGGAGUGGACUGAUCGAGUUGUUGGUGAAAUUUAUCAAUGUAUGAAUGUUGUUUUAUCUGGUAUAGAAUGUUGUUCUAUUUGGAAUAGUAUAUUGUUAGUUUUUAUUCAUGUUUAUUGUUGAAGUCUGGAAAAGAAAACGCAUAGAAUAUUGCAUGUCUUAAGAUACAUAUUUAUAUUUUAAUUCUCUUCUUUUGAUAUAUACAGGGCUCAAAAUUUCUAGUUAAAAAAUGCACAUUCAGUCUACUUGGAGAUGUAGAGAGCUUUGCAGAUUGUGUUUUACUGUUUAUAAUGGAAACUUAUUUUUAUACCUUGUCUAAUUAUUAUAAUAUUAUUAUUAUAAUUACCAUAUAGAUUAUUUCUGAAGUGGUGAAUUGUUAUUGUUAUAUUGGUAUAUGAUUUUAUGUUUGUUAGAAAUGGAGGCAAGUCUGUGUUUUCUGUGAUAUUUGGAUUAAAUUAAGGAGCUUGAUUUCCUGUCAUAGGCAGUCAUUAUAGAAUCUUUAUUUUGUUUGUUUUGCCGAGGUUUUGUCCUGCAAUGUCGAAUGAUUUGUAUAUUUCUCAUGUUGUAUGUAUGUUUUGUGUAGUUCAUUACAAUAUCAUUGUUGAAAAAAGUCUUUGUUAUAGAUGUAUCUUCUCACUCUUGUAUUUUUAAGGAUAUAAAAAAUAAAUGAAUAAAUUUCAAAAAUUGACA